UGGCUUAUCAUUGGACAAUAAAAAUGUCGGUCUUCACCGAGCCCGCCUGGCUGAUGCAAUUGAAAAGACGCAGGUGCCAACAUGCCUUUCUUCCCUCUUCCAUGUAUUCAGUUCUUGCUGAAAAUGUAUUUUGACCUAUGAAAUUUACAAAAAUAUUUCAAACUAUCAACAGCGUUUAUUUGCAAAUUUGAAGAAUAUCAAAAUUACACAAAUACCUUAAUAUUUUUGCCUUGUUUCUCUUGUAUUUAUACGUAUUUUUCUUGUUUGUUUAUUUGAAAUACACAUUAAUCAGCGGAUUGCCAGCCUGAAAAUCAGGAGAAGCGUUCGCGCUUUUUAACUGGUAAAAUACUUAAAAGUCAUGGUUAUUAUUGUUGAUAGUACUAUUUUCGUUGCGGAACGGUUGUAAGGUAGCUGUAGUUCUUCGGGGAGCUAUUUUCGUGAAGGACCAGCAUACACACUGCCGUUACCGUUCCAUUCAGUUCAGCAUGCCGACUGACACGAAGCGUGUGCGCGGCCCCGAAGUGUCUCAAAGCCCGUCCCUGGUUACGAGCAAGCCCGCGGCGGCUCUCCCGUCUUCCGGACCGAGGGCAGAUGGCCGGCAGCGGGACCAGGUGGACGUCCGGCCGGUGUUUGUCCGCUGCGGCCUGGUGAGCCAGGCCAAAGGCUCCGCUUACAUUGAGGCUGGAAACACCAAGCUGAUGAGCUGCGUUUACGGUCCCCGAGAAACAGAGCGGAAAGAUGAGACAGACAUGAAAUGCGGGAGACUGACCACCGACAUGCGCUUUGCACCGUUCUCCUGCCCAGAGAGGGGCUCCUGGAUCCAGGGGAGCCAGGACAGGGACUUCUCGCUGAUGCUUUAUGAGAGCCUGCAGCCGGCCGUGUGCCUCCACAAGUACCCCCGCUCCCAGAUCGAGGUCAGCGUGAUGGUCCUGGAGAACGGGGGCUCGGUCCUGGCCCAUGCCGUCACUUGUGCCUCCUUGGCUCUGGCCGACGCGGGCAUUGAGAUGUACGACCUGGUGCUGGGCUGCUCUGUCCGGCAGGAUGGCGCCUCCUACGUGGUCGACCCGACGUAUGCGGAGGAGAGCGGCGGGAGUUGUGGCGGCAGCAGCGAGGAUGCGGGCGGCGUCACCGUGGCUUUCCUCCCCAGUCUGAACCAGAUCUCUGGGCUGCAGUCGGACGGAGAGAUGGCCGGGGAGACUCUGACAGCAGGAGUCCGGACCUGCAUAGAGGGAUGCUAUAAACUGUACCCAGUCAUCCAGCAGGCCCUGCUCAAGGCUGUGCGCAAGGCAGCCCCCCCUCCAUCAGAGAGCUGAGGGGCUCCGACGCCACCAGCUCCACUGGGCUCGCAGUUUCUUUUUGAUAACAUCACUUAUUUUUCUAUUUGCCAUUUAAAAUAAAUCUGUUAAGACAG